GACAAUCACUUGAUGGGAUGGGAUAACAAGCCAUUGGAUGUACAAGCUCUUAUGGAUCCAUGGACCAAACAGGAAAAUUAUCCGAUUCUGAAGUUAACCACCUCGAAUGAUGUGGUUACAUACAGCCAAGAACCGUUCAUCAGCAAUCUAUCGGCGCUUGCUCCGAGUCAGUGGCAAUAUCUGUGGCCAAUUCCUGUGCACAGCAUAACCGAAACGGGUUAG